CACGAGAUUAAGGAAUACAAAGAAAACUGUAGUAUUGUCAGGAAAAUUAAAGUAGUCAACGACUGCUCUGAAAGAGCCAUAAAACUAAUUGAUGAAUAUGAGAAACUUUUAACUAAGGAUGAGGAGGAGAGACUGGCAAUAAUUCAGACAGUUGCGGAGUACCGAAAGAGGUUUAAGAAGGUAACAAAAGGGACGAUGAAACAGGCAUUUUCAACUUCACACUGAAAAUGAAAUGCAACUGAUUGACUGCGCGCAAUUAAAACCUCUUAAAAUUGUUAAAUUUUGAGAAAGAAAAUUGACGAAAGUUUCUAAUAAUUUUAAAUUGAAGUGUACAUAGCCUAGAUUUAAGCACCGAUGUUGUUUUACAUUCAAUCCUUAGUUAAUAUAUCUCUCUUGCAUUGGUC